CGAAACAUUGUAAAGUGGACACGGGUUGACUCGAGGUCUGGUAGUGGUCGUGCAGAUGGGGAAUUCCAACGUUCACUCGCGCAUAUUGGUGUUGGGGAUUGACGGAGCGGGAAAGACGAGCUUUUUGGAGAGAUACGAAUAUGGAACGGUACAGGAUAUUUUGGUCAAGCCGACAGAGGCGUACGUGAUAAAGGACAUAAAGGUCAAGGGCAUGAAGUUGCACGUAUGGGACGUGUCUGGGAAGGAGGCCACGCGUUCUCUCUGGAAGCACUACUAUUCGUCCGAGGACAGCACAGACGCGAUCAUCUGGGUGAUUGACGGCUCGUCUUCAGAAGAGAGGAUAGAGGAGAGUCGCGCUGCCUUCAAUAUAGCCAUGUCGGACCCGGCUCUCAACGGCAUCUUGCUCUACGUCCUGGUGAACAAGAACGACCUGCCGGAGUGCCGGUCGACGGAGGUCAUCAGCGACACUUUGAAUUUAAAUGCUCAGCGGGACCGACGUGCGGUCUUCAUCAGCAGCAUAUCCGCGAAAACAGGCGCCAAUGUCAGGGAGGCUAUGGAGGAGUUGGCGAAGGGCGUCAAGGCCGCCUACAAAAACAAAAACAUUUAAAAUUUUUGGUUUUUUCUAA